AUGUUGCAUCUGUUACGCUCUCCUCUCCAGAGGACGUUUUUCUUCCUGCGAUGGAGGUGUUCAAAGUCUUACUCCACCAGAACUUGCUCGCUGCAGGGCGAGGACUCAACAGAGACCCGCAUGAACCCCCUUAACAUCCAGAUGCUUUCCAGAAACCUCCACGAGCAAAUCUUCCAUGGCGUUGAGCCAGAUUACAGGGAGGAAGCGGUGGAGCGUAGCAUAAAGCACCUGCAGACUCACGAUCUCUGGGGUAAGGAAACAUCACUGCUGCCUGAGGUGGAGCUCAAACUUCCCCGGAUGUACGGCAAAAACAUAGACGAGCACUUUCGCAUCUUGGCUGAGAAGCAGAGCCUUCCCUACCUUGAGUCCGCCACAAAGCUGCUGCAGGCCGACCUCCCACCCAUGCCUCAGGAAUGGAGCUGGGAGGUGGGCUGGACCUGCUACGGACGUGAGGGGGACAGUCAGAAAGUGGAUUUCCCAGAUGAGUCUGCACUCGUGUUUGAUGUGGAGGUUUGCACGACUGAGGGACAGUGCCCCACACUGGCAGUAGCUCUUUCUCCCACCAACUGGUACUCCUGGUGCAGCAAGCGUCUAAUUGAGGAGCGAUACUCCUGGUCAAACCAGCUCACUCUUGCAGACCUCAUUCCUCUAGAGACCCCCUUUAACUCUUCCCGUCCUCCGAGGGGUGAGUGGAAGGAGAGGCUCAUAGUGGGUCACAACGUUAGUUUUGACAGAUCUUUCAUCAAGGAGCAGUACCUGCUAAAGGGUCCAAAGGCACGCUUCAUGGACACCAUGAGCCUUCAUAUGGCCAUCUCUGGGUUAACUGGCUUUCAGCGUACGCUGUGGAUGGCAAAUAAAUUGGGUAAAAAGAGGGGUCUGCAGGAGGUUAAGGAGCAUAUUAAGAAAGCUGGACAGAAGAGGGAAGGCCCAGCGAUUGGCUCCUGGGACUGGGUGAACAUCAGCAGCAUUAACAACCUGGCGGACGUUCAUGCUCUUUAUGUGGGAGGACCACCGCUGCAGAAAGAGGCCAGAGACAUCUUUGUGAAAGGAAGCAUGGUUGAUGUCAGGAACAACUUCCAGGAGUUAAUGCAGUACUGCGCAUUGGACGUUGAGGCGACGCAUCAGGUUUUCUCAGAGCAGCUGCCACUCUUCAUGGAGAGGUGUCCGCAUCCGGUGACGUUUGCUGGGAUGCUGGAGAUGGGUGUCAGCUACCUUCCCGUCAAUCAGAACUGGGACCGGUACCUGGAGGAUUCUCAGGAUGUUUACGAAGAGCUCCAGAGGGAGAUGAAGAAGUCUCUGAUGACUCUUGCCGACGAUGCCUGUCAGCUGCUGCAGGAUGACAGGUACAAAGACGACCCCUGGCUUUGGGAUCUUGAGUGGGACGUUCAGGAGUUUAAGCAGAAGAAAAUGGCUGCUAAGAGAAAAAACUCCAAAAAAACAGAUGAGGCAAAGACUUCCACCCCUCUUCCAGAUUGGGAAGAUGACCCAGGCCCACCAUCUGAGGAGGAGAUGGCAGGUCCGUGCCCCAGCAGGCUGGCUGUUGAGAAAUUAAAGGAAACAGUGACUCGUCUUCCUAAAAGAAGGCAACAUCUUCCUGGACAUCCAGGGUGGUACCGUAAGCUGUGUGAGAAGAUGUCGGAGGACUGCUGGUCACCUGGAGCCAGCCUCAUCAGCCUGCAGAUGAGACUGACGCCGAAGCUGAUGGGUCUGACGUGGGACGGUUUCCCCCUGCAUUACACAGAGAAACAUGGCUGGGGGUAUCUGGUACCGGGACGGAGGGACAAUUUGAAUUCUCAGGAGGACACACUGGAGUCGUUGUGCCCACACAGAGCAAUUGAAAGGGUAUACAAAGAAUAUUGUGAGCAGAACAGCAAGGAGCAACCUGAGUGUCUGAACCCUUCAGAUGAGCUUGUGUGGACCGACAGCGCUGUUUGGACAAAGGUGGAGGAGUUAAGUUCUUUAGAACGUCUCUCUGAAGAAAAUGGAGCUGGAGUGGUGAAAAAGGAGAAAAAGUUGAAGAAGGUGUCCCAAGAUCCCCGUUUCGUCAGUGAGGAGAGUCACUGCCACUAUCACCAUGGAAACGGCCCCUACGAAGAUGUAGAUAUUCCAGGAUGUUGGUUUUUUAAGUUACCUCACAAGGACGGUAACCACAACAACGUGGGCAGCCCUUUCUCGAAGGACUUCCUGGCUAAAAUGGAGGAUGGCACACUAAGAGCUGGAAGAAGCGGAACCAACGCAACACGAGCGCUGGAGAUCAACAAGACGAUGUCCUUCUGGAGGAAUGCUCACAAGCGGAUAAGUUCUCAGAUGGUGCUGUGGCUAAGAAAGGGAGAGCUUCCUCGUAACGUCAGCAGGCAUGAGGACUACGAUGAAGAGGGCCAGUAUGGUGCCAUACUGCCUCAGGUCAUUACAGCUGGGACGGUAACCCGGCGGGCCGUGGAGCCAACCUGGCUGACCGCAAGUAAUGCCCGGAGGGACCGGGUAGGCAGCGAACUAAAAGCCAUGGUGCAGGUACCACCUGGAUAUCACCUGGUUGGAGCAGAUGUAGACUCUCAGGAGUUAUGGAUUGCUGCUGUACUUGGAGAAGCUCAGUUUGCCGGGAUGCAUGGUUGUACAGCCUUUGGGUGGAUGACCCUUCAGGGAAAGAAGAGUCAGGGUACGGACCUGCACAGCAGGACGGCAGACGCUGUGGGUAUCAGCAGAGAACACGCUAAGGUGUUCAACUACGGGCGAAUAUACGGGGCGGGGCAGCCGUUUGCAGAGAGGCUGCUGAUGCAGUUCAACCACCGCCUCAAUCAGACAGAGGCCGCCAGCAAGGCCAGGCAGAUGUAUGCUUUAACCAAGGGGGUACGCAGAUACCAUCUAUCAGAGGAGGGCGAGUGGCUUGUCAAUGAACUGGGCAUAGAUGUGCAAAGGGAGGAGAAUGGCAGCAUCUCGCUGGAGGAGCUGCGAAGGAUCAGUAGACUUGCAUCGCAAAGCUCACGGCGGAAGAGGUGGGAUGUUGUUGGCAAACGUGUCUGGGCAGGAGGCACGGAGUCAGACAUGUUCAACAAGCUGGAGAGUAUCGCUCAUUCAGCCCAGCCGGCCACUCCUGUUCUAGGCUGCAGGAUCAGCAGAGCUCUGGAGCCCAAGGCAGUAAAGGAUGAGUUUAUCACUAGCAGAGUGAACUGGGCGGUGCAGAGCUCGGCGGUGGACUACCUGCACCUAAUGCUGGUGGCCAUGAAGUGGCUCUUUGAAGAGUACAACAUCGACGGCCGUUUCUGCAUCAGCAUCCACGAUGAAGUGCGGUACCUCGUUCGCAGCGAAGACCGUUACAGAGCAGCGCUGGCGCUCCAAAUCACAAACCUGCUUACAAGGUGCAUGUUUGCCCAUGCUUUGGGCAUGGAGGAUCUUCCCCAGUCUGUAGCGUUCUUCAGUGCAGUGGAUAUCGAUCAGUGUCUGAGGAAGGAGGUCACUAUGGAUUGUGUGACUCCUUCUAACCCCACCGGUUUGGAAAGGAGAUACGGUAUUCCACCUGGCGAGGCCCUGGACAUCUACCAGAUCAUCAGCAUCACCAAAGGCUCUCUGAGCAAAGGGAGGUAGCAGCUUCUGGGGCUGCUCCUCUUAAACAUCAACAGGUUGGGUUUAAUGAUGCAGAGAGGAGAAAUCCUUCCAGAUCACUGUUUCCUUUUCUUCUGUUUGGGCUCCUGUGCCUCCUCUGUUUCCUGUGACUCCU